AUGGUGCGACUAUUGCCCGGCUAUAUGCGCGACAAAGUUUCACAAGCUAAUCACCCUACAGGCAAGCAAUGGCAUGCUCCCAAGAAGGCUUUCCGACCUACUGCUGGCCUGAGAUCUUAUGAGAAGCGAUCGCAAGAGCGGGCACAGAUGGCGCAGGUCAAGGCCAAGGAAAAGGAGAUGAAGGAAGAGAAGGAGGAAGAGCGACAGCGCAAGGUCCAGGCUAUCAAGGAAAAGCGAGCCAAGAAGGAGGAGAAGGAGAGAUACGAGAAGAUGGCCGAGAAGAUGCACAAGAAGCGAGUCGAGCGACUAAAGCGCAAGGAGAAGCGCAACAAGCUGAUCAACUCUUAA